AUGUUAUCUGCGGGAAAGCUGACGAAGGAGAUAGACAAGGUGAUCAAAGCAUUAUUAACUGUCAUUUUACGAGUACCUGAUGUUGACAGAGGUAGACUGGCACUGAGAAAUGAGCUAGCUGUUGUUCUCAAUAUUAAUGACUCUGGACUUUACCAGCUUGGAACGAAAGAUGGAACUUUGCAGUCACUUUAUUGCCGUAAUGAAUUUACAUUAGCCGACUCCGACUUUAUUGAUAUUUCGUCAGUUCCGUCAACGUCUGUGUUCCUCCGAACUACUUCUCGUUUAGCAUCUGGAUCGAAACAGGGCUUUAUACAGUGUAAUUGCAAACGAUAUUGCAUCGACAAAAAAUGCGCAUGUAGAGCCAAGACAGUAGUAUGUAACAGUAAAUGUCACAACCAUAGUUCGUGUAAAAUUAGCAGAUGUAGGUAUGCCGAUACCCCUAAAGCACAAGUUAUUAUAUAG